AUGUCCGCGCAAAUGGACGAACUUCCAACAGAGCUCCUGUGGUCCAUCUGCGACAACCUCGAGCUGACAUACCUCGACGUUCGCCUCUUCCAGGUGUCCGCAUUUGAAGAUUUCGAAAAGAACACCUCCCAAGAUCCAUCCAUCGUCUCGGUUGUCGCGCUGGCGGCGGUGUCAAAAACGUGUAGCUCGCUCCGAAUGGCCGCUCUACCCUUCAUUCAGGCCAUGAAAAAGAACACCAUUGUUCGCUUGGACAUGCGCAACUGCAACGAGCCUCGAUUCACCAUGGACAAGCCUCAUGGCGUCACGGUGUCAGAUGAUCUAUUCAAACAGUUCAGUCAYCUCGAGGUGAUUGUUCCAUGCAUGUUCACUCAACACCGCGAGAGAGAGCACGAUCAGACCAAGAACCUCACCAUGAAGUUCGGUAGGGUUGAAGGAGGUCGCUGGGUGAUGAGCUCUCUGGUCUGGGAGACUGUACUUCCUCCAGCAAUCUUCAACUACGGCUUGGUCCGUUUGGCGUUUGCAACCGAUGUCAUUACCGAAAUAGCCAUGGAGCUUGCCGACGAAACCCUGAACACAACCAUGGACGAUCUCGGCCUGCCCAGCAAGCUAGAGUGCUUGUGGGAGGAUCUCACUAUUCUGCCCGAUCAUCUCCGACACCAGACUUUCGGACAUAGAAGUGACGGAACGCGCAUUCGGCCACGACAAGCGAGGCCUUUCUCGAUGAUGCCAAUUGCGGAAGCUGUGGAGGAAUGCAGUGAGCAUUUGGGGGAGACGAAGCCACUCGAGCGUAAAGCGCACAAGAAGCUGGGAUGGCGCGGUACAGAUUGGAAGAAAAAUGUCCCGCUUCGGAAGUAA